CCAUGAUUUCCAGAGCACAUCUCUUGAAGCCGGGUAUAAAGCACAUGUCCCUUUCUCUCUCAUCAUCCCACGUCGCCCUAUAUCCCGAAGGAAACAUCCCACCCUCGCAAGCUAAUAAGGUGUCUUUUCUGAAACUCCCUCAUCAGUACUUCACCAUCCGCACCCAUCACGUUCAACUACCUCGCAACAUGCCUCUUGUCGUUCCAGAAGUCAACGAGAAUGACCAAGCUGCCUGGGCCGCUAGGCUGAUGGGAAAGAAGCUGACCCAGGAUGUCAGUGACAAUGUCUCCUUCGCAGUGAAAGACCUCCCCAAAACGCAUCGUGUCAUCAAGCCUGGUUAUGCGGUUACCAUGGACUAUGUACCGGAUCGGCUUAAUGUUUAUCUCGAUGAUUCGGACACUGUUGUUAAAGUCAACCAUGGUUAAAUCUAUAAACCAACAACGGCGUCUUUUCCUGGAGAACUAGCAGCUGAAAGACCAAGACUUGCCCUAUGGUGCUACAUUGACCGUGAUUGGAUAUAUGUCUGAUAAUGCAGUAUUCACUACAAUUUAAUAUAUGUUAAAAAUGACCC